AUGUCUCUCACCAUCUCUGGGAACUGUCUCUGUGGCAAAAUUCGUUAUGAUGUCUCGGGGCCUCCCAUCACCAGAGUGAUUUGCCAUUGCGAUAAUUGUCGCCGGUCGACCGGGUCUGCGUUUAUGGCGAACAACUUUUAUAAAAAGAAUCAACUUCAAAUCCACAACAGUGAAGGCGCUCUGUUAAGAACCUAUCUCGACGGCCAGACCGAUUCUAAACACACAGUCAAACGAUCGUUUUGCGGAAACUGUGGCUCCCAUCUGUUCAUCACCAAUGAUUCUGACCCAAUGCUAGCAGACGCAGUCAUUGUUACCACUGGAACAAUGGAUAGACAUCAGCUGCAAAGCACUGGCGAUGGGGGGUGGGCUCCAGAGCAAGAAUUUUUCUGCAAAAGACGGGCAAAGUGGAUUCCGGAAUUUGACGGAACGAAGAAGUGUGAUGCAAUGAAAUAG